CCCGCGCCCGCCGACCCCGGGCCCAGCCAUGGCGGAGCGCGGAGCGGUGGGCGGUGGUCCCGGGGCCGCUGGGGGCAGCAGCCAGCGAGGCUCUGGGGUCGCCCAGUCCCCGCAGCAGCAGCCGCAGCCGCCGCCGCAGCAGCAGCAGCCACCUCAACAGCCGACGCCCCCCAAGCUGGUCCAGGCCACCUCGUCCUCGUCGUCCACCUCGGCGGCGGCUGCUGCUUCCUCCUCGUCCUCGUCCACCUCCACCUCCAUGGCCGUCGCGGUGGCCUCGAGCUCCGCGCCUGCCGGCGGCCCGGGGCCAGGCCGCACCCCCGCCCCGGUGCAGAUGAACCUGUACGCCACUUGGGAGGUGGACCGGAGCUCGUCCAGCUGCGUGCCCAGGCUAUUCAGCUUGACCCUAAAGAAACUCAUCAUGCUUAAAGAAAUGGACAAAGAUCUUAACUCAGUGGUCAUUGCUGUGAAGCUGCAGGGGUCCAAAAGGAUUCUUCGCUCCAAUGAGAUCAUCCUUCCUGCUAGUGGCCUGGUAGAAACAGAACUCCAGUUAACCUUCUCCCUUCAGUACCCUCAUUUCCUUAAGCGAGAUGCCAACAAACUGCAGAUCAUGUUGCAAAGAAGGAAGCGGUACAAGAACCGGACCAUCUUGGGCUACAAAACCUUGGCUGUGGGACUCAUCAACAUGGCAGAGGUGAUGCAACAUCCCAACGAAGGUGCUCUGGUACUUGGCCUGCACAGCAACGUGAAAGAUGUCUCUGUGCCUGUAGCAGAAAUAAAGAUCUAUUCUUUGUCCAGCCAACCCAUUGACCAUGAAGGAAUCAAGUCCAAGUUGUCUGAUCGCUCCCCUGAUAUUGACAACUACUCUGAAGAAGAAGAGGAAAGCUUCUCCUCAGAACAAGAAGGCAGUGAUGACCCGUUGCAUGGUCAGGACCUGUUUUAUGAAGAUGAGGAUCUUCGGAAAGUAAAGAAGACUCGGAGAAAACUGACCUCAACUUCAGCCAUCACUAGGCAACCUAAUAUCAAACAGAAGUUUGUGGCCCUCCUCAAGCGGUUCAAAGUCUCUGAUGAGGUGGGCUUUGGGCUGGAACACGUGUCCCGGGAGCAGAUUCGGGAAGUAGAAGAAGAUCUGGAUGAAUUGUAUGACAGCCUAGAGAUGUACAACCCAAGUGACAGCGGCCCUGAAAUGGAGGAGACAGAGAGCAUCCUCAGCACCCCAAAGCCCAAGCUCAAGCCCUUCUUUGAGGGGAUGUCACAGUCCAGCUCUCAGACGGAGAUUGGCAGCCUCAACAGCAAGGGCAGCCUUGGAAAAGACACCACCAGUCCUAUGGAAUUGGCUGCUCUAGAAAAAGUCAAAUCUACUUGGAUUAAAAACCAAGAUGACAGCUUGACUGAAACAGACACUCUGGAAAUCACUGACCAGGAUAUGUUUGGAGAUGUCAGCACAAGUCUAGUUGUGCCAGAAAAAGUCAAAACUCCCAUGAAGUCCAGUAAAACAGAUCUACAGAGCUCCGCCUCCCCGAGCAAAGUGGAAGGGACACACACACCCCGGCAGAAGAGGAGUACGCCCCUGAAGGAGCGGCAGCUCUCCAAGCCCCUGAGUGAGCGGACCAACAGCUCUGACAGCGAGCGCUCUCCUGACCUGGGCCACAGCACACAGAUUCCAAGAAAAGUGGUAUAUGAUCAGCUGAAUCAGAUCCUGGUGUCCGAUGCAGCUCUCCCAGAGAACGUCAUCCUGGUGAACACCACCGACUGGCAGGGCCAGUAUGUGGCUGAGCUGCUCCAGGAUCAGCGGAAGCCCGUUGUGUGCACCUGCUCCACCGUGGAGGUCCAGGCCGUGCUCUCCGCCCUGCUCACCAGAAUUCAGCGCUACUGCAACUGCAACUCCUCCAUGCCGAGGCCAGUCAAGGUGGCAGCUGUGGGUGGCCAGAGUUACCUGAGCUCCAUCCUCCGGUUCUUUGUCAAGUCCCUUGCCAGCAAGACCCCUGACUGGCUGGGUUACAUGCGCUUCCUCAUCAUUCCCCUCGGUUCUCACCCAGUGGCCAAAUAUUUGGGCUCAGUUGAUAGUAGAUAUAGCAGCACCUUUCUUGAUUCUAGCUGGAGAGACCUGUUCAGUCGCUCAGAGCCCCCAGUCUCAGAGCCACUGGACAUUGUGGGGCGUGUGAUGCAGUAUGUCAGUGGAGCAGCCACAACACACCAGCUGCCAGUGGCUGAAGCCAUGUUGACCUGUAGGCAUAAAUUCCCUGAUGAAGACUCCUAUCAGAAGUUUAUUCCCUUCAUUGGUGUGGUGAAGGUGGGCCUUGUGGAAGACUCGCCCUCCACUGCAGGAGAUGGGGAUGAUUCACCUGUGGUCAGCCUUACCGUGCCCUCCACAUCACCGCCCUCCAGUUCAGGCCUGAGCCGAGAUGCCACAGCCACCCCACCCUCCUCCCCAUCCAUGAGCAGUGCCCUCGCCGUUGUGGGGAGCCCAAAUAGCCCAUAUGGGGAUGUGAUUGGCCUCCAGGUGGACUAUUGGCUGGGCCAUCCUGGGGAGCGAAGGAGGGAAGGUGACAAGAGGGACACUAGCUCAAAGAACACCCUCAAGAGCGUCUUCCGUUCAGUGCAGGUUUCUCGCCUGCCUCAUGGUGGGGAAGCCCAGCUUUCUGGCACCAUGGCAAUGACUGUGGUCACCAAAGAAAAGAACAAAAAAGUGCCCACCAUCUUCUUGAGCAAGAAGCCCCGGGAAAAGGAGGUGGAUUCUAAGAGCCAGGUCAUCGAGGGCAUCAGCCGCCUCAUCUGCUCCGCCAAGCAGCAGCAGACCAUGCUAAGAGUGUCCAUCGAUGGUGUUGAGUGGAGUGAUAUCAAGUUCUUCCAGCUGGCAGCCCAGUGGCCCACCCACGUCAAGCACUUUCCAGUGGGACUUUUCAGUAGCAGCAAGGCCACUUGAGGCCCUGCUUCACAGCCACUCUCCCUCCUGGCACUGCCAUUCAGCCUCACCGCCUGCGGGCAGGGGGAGGCCAGCAGGCCUGGGCCCAGCCCCCCUUUCCCAGCACUGAGGCCUGCCUGUCAUGUGCCCAGUCCUGAAGGAUACUGCCACUGGGGAUGCUGCCCCCUCUCACUGCCCAGCCUAUCCCUGAGCCAUCCUCCCUCUCACUCUCUUUGGCUCUUCUUCCUGCUCCAGAUGCAGGGCAGGAUGAGUCUACCUGCUGGUGCCCAUAGUCCCUGAAAUUGUGUCCUCUAGGCCUUCCUUCACCCACACCCCUGCCUCUCCCCUUUGUGGCCUUGGUUUCCUUUCUGGAAAUAGAAAACCUGGACUCCUUGUACAAAAUGGGAGAGCCCAGCCCAGACACCUUAUUUUCUAAGGCCAUGCUGCCAGUUACCCCUCACCCUGCCCACCUCCAGUGGGUGCUGGGGCCUCUUCCACUGCUGUGAGGACUUCACCUGCUCCAAAACUUCCCAGAGGUGAAAGGGGACACUUGAGCACUACAGUGUGUUUUGGGGAUGGAAACUUCCCACUCUUCCCAUGCACGACUUCCUGCCAUCCCAGGUCCCUGCAGAUGUUAUGUCCUGAGCAUUUCUUUGGUUGUUUAUGUGACUUGUCCUGUGCACAGGUCAUGUCCUUGUGGCUUUCUCCUGUACUGGUAAUGCUCCUCCAUCUGCCUCCCAGCCCCCACCCAGUACAGUUCUACCUGGCUUUGAGAGAUGGGAGGCAGGCCCCCCAGUAUAUUUUACAUGACCCACCUACCUGACCUGUGUCAACUUGCCUCCCCUUCCCUGCUCUCUGUCUCCCAAACUCCUCCAUGUCUGGGCAGUGGAUAGAGGCCCAUUCUCAAUGAGGUCGCCUUCCAUCCCUGUCUGCCAUGGAUGAGUCUCAGUCCACCUCAGACUCCUCAUCAGUGUCCUUGGGCAAGGCUGCGGAUGAGAGGGCACAGCCAGCAGCAGCCUGUGCUCUCCAGCACCUCUGGAGCUACUUUGUUGCCCUCUCACUGCUCCCUGGAAGUGUGGCCCAGCACUUUACCUUGAACAUGUUUUUCUCAGUCUCUAGGCUCCUCCAGCCCUUCCCUACUGCUCAGCCCCACUGUCCAGAGCAUCUCCUGGGCCCAGGAAGAGAAUGGUGAGGGAAGACUGGGGCCAUGUUGGAUUUUUCAUUCAAUAAAAUGGUGAUUUCUUACCAA